UAAACAUAUAAAUGGCCUCAUUUGAUAUGAAGGAAAUGCAAAACUUGCUGGAGUAUAGUUUCAGUAAGCUACAAGACUUUGGAACCCUAAGCUGUCUUGUUUGAGGUAUGCUACUAAGUAAGAACCUGGCUGACCCUGACAAAGCAAUCAGCAAAAUCAUGGAAAUGCAACAGUUGAGUGACAACAUUGCUUUACCCCCUGAUAAACAGAUUAUAAUGCAUAGUACCCAGACUUUGAAAAGCUUCACUCAAGAAAAUGAAAGUAUAAAGAUGCUUCUCGCUACUAAGUUUGAGAACUAUAUUAAGAUGAACCAGACUGCCUCCUUUCCAUAUGAGAGCACUGAGAAUAAUGAUCUGAAAAAGAAGAGAACACAGAAGGAAAUUGGAAAGAAUCAGCCUGACCUAAUCCAAGCCCAAGUUCUUGUUAAAAGUGAGCAUCCCCCAUUUGAUAAUUAUAAGAGAAAAGAUAGAGAGUUUGUUCAUGGGUUUACAAGACAGAUUGACAGAACUACAAACAAGUGCAGACUGGUAGCCCCUGGAUGCACUCUGAACUCAAGCUUCCCAGGUUCUGAUCCAGGCUGCUACUUCGAUGGUAAGGUCAACGUAAGCAAGCAAAAUAUCAAUGCUUGUUAUAAAAAUCCAAAGAAGUCUAAUGGUCUAAGUUAUAAAUAAGACCGAGCCCGUCGAGAAAGUCAUGAUUGAUAAAUAUCUUUCCUCCAAUGAAGGUACUAUUGAGGCCUCUGUGAAACCCAUUGUUACUAAGAGACCAAAGAGGAAGACCACUGAGAAGAAACGCAAAGGUAAAUCUAGCAAGAACAUGUGAGCCUUGUGUAAUCGUAAAAAGAAAGGUAAUAAACCCGCCAAGAGCUCUAACUGUAAGCACAGGUUCCAUAUUGAAUGCCUUAAGGAAUGUUUCGAACAUAAGUUUGGGAGAAAGAAAACUUCUCUAGAGUGACCACUUGAUGGAUGUCACAAGAGAUUAGACAUUAAAAAUCUUGAGCUAGAGGUUAAGAAGCUUGGUAAUAAUGACCAAGAGGAGUUCUCAAAAUUGUUUAGCUUUACUUAUCAGAAUCAAGAAAUAUCAGUACAGACAGACCCACCUAAUCUGGAUCUUCCCGACUUUCCAGAAUCCAAUACGUGUAAAAAUAAAAAGUCUGGGAAAUUGGCAAGCAAGGUAGAAGAAAUGUUGAAGGAGUUACCUAUGAAUGCUAAACCUUCACGAGGAUCCUCUCAGAACAGUCCUACUUACUCCAACUUUCCAAAGAGAGGAUGAUAUACCUGAAGCUACAAAGAUCAGGACCAAGAAAUUUGCACUAGGUCUGAAUGAAAGUGAAAACGAAGUAAGAUAACCAAGCAAAAAAGACCGGGUCAGAGAAACUCUGAUAAGUUCUCCAUUAUCUUAGACACUAAGGCUUUGAAGGGGCUGAAGAAUUAGGCUAAUUUAUGAGAAAUAUCUUUUCAAAAUAA